UGGAUCUGGACUGCAGAGUAAUAUCUCAUUCAUAAAUUACUCACAACGCUAGAGUAGAGAUCUGCUGUUUUCUAAGGGACACUUGCCAGUAUAUUGGAACAAUGCACUCUAUAAGAAGUUUCUUCUGUGGUCAGUGGAGUUCUUCUGUAAGGCUUGAUGAUAAAACAGUCAUAAUCACAGGAGCUAAUACAGGUAUAGGCAAAGAGACAGCCAGAGACCUGGCGAGAAGAGGAGCUCGAGUCAUCAUGGCCUGCAGAGAUCUGGAAAAAGCAGAGGCCGCCAGAAAAGAAUUAAUGGAGGAUUCUGGAAACCAAAACAUUGUGGCAAAUAAACUUGAUUUAUCAGAUGUCACAUCGAUCAGAGCGUUUGUAGAACUUAUAAACAAAGAGGAAAAACAAGUCAACAUCCUUAUCAACAAUGCUGGCAUCAUGAUGUGCCCAUAUUCAAAAACCGCAGAUGGCUUUGAGAUGCAGUUUGGUGUCAACCAUUUGGGUCAUUUCCUGCUCACCUACCUUCUGCUGGACCUCAUAAAGAAAUCCGCCCCCGCCAGGAUCAUCAACGUGGCUUCUGUCGCCCAUACGUGGGGCAGCAUUCACCUGGACGACAUAAACAGUGAGAAGAGUUACUCUCCCCGGAGGGCCUACGGGCAGAGCAAACUAGCCAACAUCCUCUGCACUCGAUCGCUGGCUAAAAGAUUGCAGGGCACAGAUGUGACUGUUUACUCCCUCCAUCCCGGUGUGGUACAGUCAGAGCUGUUUAGAAAUCUCAGUAAGCCUGCACAGAUAGCAGUCAAGGUCUUCAGUCCCUUCACCAAGACAACCAUGCAGGGGGCUCAGACCACCAUCUACUGUGCUGUGGAGCCAGAGCUGGACAAAGAGAGUGGAGGAUAUUACAGUGACUGUGCCCCAGCAAGAUGUUCAAGAGAAGCUAUGGAUGAUGAAAUGGCUCAGAAACUCUGGGAGCUCAGCUGUCAGGUGGUAGGCAUUACUUGGGACUGAAAGACUCAUCGACGCUGCUCUCCUCUUAAUAAUAUAAUUAUGAGAAUAGCGAAACUGAAGCUUUUGUACUAAUGCCAUAGAUAAUGGGAACUGCAGCAUUAUACAAUGCAUGACCAAACCAGCACUGUUUUAUAUUGUUAAUCUAAUAUUCUUUUUUAAUGCCAUUGGCUGUUUCGAAUUUAUCUAUGCUGUUAUCAUUUCAAUAAAACUAAUGAACUGUUAGGACUUAAAAUAUAUUCGGGUCCACUGAAUUGUUAUAUGUUAUGUAUUUGUACUCAGCUUUUUUCUGAAUAUUUGCAUCCACAAUUAAUGAACUAAAGAAAAUUGCUAAUAUUUUCUGAGGAUGUUUUGCUCUCUACUACCUUAGGAAUGGAAAGAAAUACCUUUUUUACACUGUAAAAUAUACUCUUGUUGCAAUGUUAAUGAAACAGUAAAUCUCAAAAUCACAUUUGCUUCAAAUGCUUGCUUGUGGCAGGAUCCAUGUCAUAUUUUUUUAGACAUAAUACACUUUUAUGUAAACAUAAACUUUUGUAACUUUUAAAAUAAACUUUUUAUCUAAAAGGUUGCAUUUUUUGAAAAUUACUUUUCUCGCCCCGGAUUUCAAAACAUACGUGUUUUACAACCCACUGU